AUGGGUGAUGACUUGCCUGCUCACACUUUCACCAGGAGAUCCGGUUCCCAGAUGGCAGCCGAAGCUUCCGGGGGCCCAACAGAGGAGAGCUGCACCUUCAACGAGGAGUUCAAGUUCAUCCUUCUGCCCGUCUCGUAUGGAGCCAUCUGCGUGGUGGGCCUCUUCCUCAAUUCCUGUUCUCUGUGGCUGUUUGUCUUCAGGAUGAGGCCAUGGAACGCCACCUCCACCUACAUGUUCCACCUGGCCAUCUCGGACACCCUUUACGUCCUCUCCCUCCCCAGCCUGGUUUACUACUAUGCUCAGCGCAACAACUGGCCCUUUGGCGAGUGGCUGUGCAAAUUUGUACGCUUCCUCUUUUACACCAAUCUGUACAGCAGCAUCCUCUUCCUCACCUGCAUCAGUGUCCACCGUUACCUGGGGGUGUGCCACCCCGUCCUGUCCCUGACGUGGCUCAAGGCCAGUCACGCCCGCCUGGUCUGUGCGGGCGUGUGGCUGCUGGUUGCUGUCUGCCUCGCCCCCAACUUGGUCUUCGUCACCAUCAGUGCCAGGGGCAACGGGACACUCUGCCACGACACCACGAAGCCGGAGGCGUUUGAGCGCUAUGUCCACUACAGCUCCUCCGUCAUGGCCCUCCUCUUCGGCAUCCCGUUUCUGGUGAUCGUGCUGUGCUGCUGCCAGACGGCAAGGCGGCUGUGGAAGCCUCACCCGCUCAGCCCUCCUCGGCCUGUUCCCCUCCACAAGAGGCGCUCCAUCAGGAUGAUCAUCAUCGUGCUGCUGGUGUUUGCCAUCAGUUUCUUGCCUUUCCAUCUCACACGGACGACCUACUAUGCCGCUCGACUCCUGAAAGCAGACUGCCGCACGCUCAACGCUGUUAACAUCACCUACAAAAUAACGCGGCCCUUGGCCAGUGCCAACAGCUGCAUCAACCCCGUCCUGUACUUCCUGGCUGGGGAGCUCCGCAGGGGGCGGCUGCCCCAUGCUUUGGUCCCAAGAGCCCACCUGGCUCUCGCUCCCCGUCACUGGAAGGGCCACCUGCAGCCCACGGGGACUGCAGCCCGAGCCUGA